AUGCAGAGGAUCAGUUUCCAGGCCUCUUGGAUCGCCGAAGGUUGUAUGAACAUCACUACUCUUGAUGCAUUCGAAGGCAAUGUUUCGAAAUCGGCGUUAGACGAUGCCAUGAAGGCGUGUAAUCAAUCUCUUGGUAACGGUUGGCCGUGCGCUUCUUGCACCACCAGUCUCUCGAGCCUCCAGCCUUCGAAUUUGAACGGCCGAUCAAUUGGAAACCUCUUCGAUUGCAUGGCGUACCCUUCGAUUUACGCUGCAGUGUUUAUCAAUCGUUUCGGCCCAACCGAUGAAGAUACUGCCAACUGUCUGUUUGGUUUUGAUUUUUCUGAUUUGAGCAAUUCGAAUGGUAGAGUUAGAACCAUUGUGAUUUGUGUAGUUGUGAUAGGUUGUGGGUUUGUUUUGUUUCUGGGUUGUGGUGGGUUUUGGAUUUUACAGCGAAAACGCGAGAAAAUUAGGGAGAGAAGUAAGGUUGAUCAUGAGAGAGAAACUAAUUUAGCUUUUGGAAUGAAUUCAAUCAAUGAAAGUACUACUUUAGUUAGGUACACAUUUGAGGAGACAUUUUUGAAGAUUUAUGAGAGAGUGAGAGAGUGA